CGUAUGGGCGGGCGGGCUGGCUUUUGUUGGGAUGCUGGGAUUGAAUUCAUGGUGUCCGGCUCGACUCGGAUUAUUUCCUCCCCUUCUCCUCCUAGUGUCCUACUCCUUGACGAUGCCAUGCGCCGCCCGACAGAAAAAAAAAAAAAUAAUAAUAAUAAAUAAAGGAAGCUGCUUCCUACUGUCCGCUUUCUGCUUCUAGGCUUCGUACCCCGGUCCCGGCGAGGUAUCUAAUCUGUGAUUCCCCGUCCCCCCCCACCACAAAAUUUAACAGGUUUGAUUACCGAUGGCCCAAUAGUGCCUUGUUCUGGAUGUGGAAAGGGAUUGAGGCUCGAAAAAAUUUUAUUUCUGCUCAAAUGAAAUAUGAAACAACAUUAUAAUACAGGAAUUUCUGGAGUUAUGUCCUCAUCUUUACCUGUUCUUCCUAUAUCUCUGGAAGAGAAGUAUCUCAAACUGCUGGAUUCUCAACAGGUUACAAUGGAAAGGGAACUGAGCAGUGGGCCAACGGCGCCACUUCAUACUCCAUAUGUGAAAAACACUGGGGUUGUCGAAUCUUUUCUCUCGUCAGUUUCAGAGUUCUCUUCGGAUGUCCAUUGCACUUCUGUUCCACAGUAUGAGAGGCAGCCUGUUUCUGCUUCAUAUAUUUCUCAACCGUCAAGCAGUUCUUUGUCUUUGUCUUCAACAUAUUCGUCAUAUUCAGGAACAUGUCAACCUUCCAUGAGUAAUUAUCCCAAAGAGUCUGCGGAAAUUGCCUGGUGUCCGGAUUCACUUCAGGGAGUUCUUGAUUAUUCUGAUAAUGUCAAUACCAUGAAUGAUCAAUUCCAAAGCAGUUGUGUUAUGACCUCUGACAACCUUAUAAAGCAAAAUGAAUGGCCAGAUCUGACAGAUUUAAUGAAUGGUGAUUGGGAUGAUUUCCUGGAUAACAGAGAUGCAACUGAACCUCAGCCAAAGACAUCUGACUUGCAUGUUGUAUAUCCAGCAGCACAUGCAUCUACAGAUUUGUCAGCUCACCAUUCACAAAUCUAUCAAUCAGUUCGUUCUCAUUCUGGUGAGCAACGUGCUGUCAGUAGUCUCUCUUCUUCUGCCAAUGCUGCUCCAGCCAAGCAACGCAUGCGGUGGACCCCAGAGCUCCAUGAAUGCUUUGUAGAAGCUGUUAACCAGCUUGGUGGUAGUGAAAAAGCAACUCCUAAAGGUGUGCUAAAGCUAAUGAAUGUUGAUGGCUUGACCAUAUACCAUGUCAAAAGCCACCUGCAGAAAUACAGAACUGCUCGAUACAGGCCAGAAUCAUCCGAAGGAACAUCAGAAAAGAAUAUUGCUCCACUUGAAGAAAUGCCAUCUCUAGAUCUGAAGACUGGUAUUGAAAUCACUAAAGCAUUGCGACUCCAGAUGGAAGUCCAGAAACGACUUCAUGAACAACUUGAGAUUCAAAGGAAACUGCAGUUGCAAAUUGAAGAACAAGGAAAGUACCUUCAGAUGAUGUUUGAGAAGCAGUGCGAGGCAGGCAUCGACAAGCUCAAGGCACCAUCAAAUGAAGAAGAUCCCUCUUCCCAAUAUUCUGACCUAACACAUAAUGUCACCAAAGAUGGCAUAUCAGAAAAGGAUCAAGCUGAAACAGAAAAUUGCCCUUCCGGUGCAAUUAUGCUAGAAGAAUGUUCUCGACAGGUAGGGGACAAGCAGAAGAUCCUAGAACCUGAUGCUGAUAUCAGAUCAAAUAUGAUUAGGUCUCAUUCCUCACCUCACAAGCGUGCGAGGAGCCAUGAUGCAGAUGUGUCAUCUGCUACAUCAGCAUUUUACUAACUAAAUCAUGCUCUGAUGACCUGUGAAUAAAGCAACUUUAGUACAAUCAGGAUUUCAAGAUGACUUGACUUGCAGAAGUUGACCUGUACAACUGAUUGUUAAUGAAGUGCUUUCUUCGUAUUUUGAUAAAUAAAAAGGGCUAGGAUUUAAAGCUUGAGUUUACCAUCUAAAA